AUGUUCCACAUCUCGGUUGCAGCAUCGUCAAAUGCCAAGUCUGGUCAGAGCUUUCUCCGAAGGCCCUGUCACCACCCUGGCAAGCAAUAUGGGGGCAGUAGCCCUUCCAAAAGCUUGGCAAUGGUUGCCUCUAUCGCUUCCUGUUUGGCAAACAUUUUGUUCCCCUACACGAUCCUAACAUCAGGAUUCCCUCAAUUUCUGAAUAUCGGAAACUCCAGCGUCAACAUCUCUAAUUCCUUCCAGGAGACACCAUAUCUAUCGGGGAACAGAAGCUACAAAUGUCCGGAUCUUCCAUCAAGAUUACACACGAGAGCUCACAGAGUACAAAUCACACGUUGCAACGGCCGCAUGCCCGACUUCGGAAUAGCACAGCAGGGAUUGCCGGACAAUACAAGCAAUAGCUGCGAAGAUCCCGCCAUGGUCUGA